UUGGGAAACUCCGGGACACUCGUCGCCAUGGGAGGAAGACGCAGAGGCGCACCUGGAUAUGAUGAGGACUUCACCUUCGUCAGUCCAGUCGUCAAGUAUCUGCUGUUCAUGUUUAAUUUUAUAUUUUGGAUAAUCUCCCUGGUGUUGGUGUUAAUCGGCGUGUAUGCCCGCGUGAUGAAACAUGCAGAGGCAGCUCUGGCGUGUCUGUCGGUGGACCCCGCUGUAAUGCUGAUGAUUGUGGGGAUCCUCAUGUUCAUCAUCACUUUCUGUGGGUGUGUGGGCUCCCUGCGAGAAAACAUUUGCCUCCUGCAGACAUUCUGUAUCUGCCUGACAGUGAUCUUCAUGCUGCAGCUGGUUGCUGGGAUCCUGGGCUUCAUCUUUGCUGAUAAGGCUCGAAAUAAAGUGACUGAAAUGAUCAAUGACGCCAUCAUCUACUACAGAGAGGAUAUUGAUCUGCAAAACCUCAUUGACUUUGGUCAGAGAGAGUUUAGCUGCUGUGGUGGUGUGACGUACACCGACUGGUCGCAGAACAUGUACUUCAACUGCAACAAGGACAACCCCAGCAGGGAGCGCUGUUCUGUCCCCUUCUCCUGUUGUCUCAUAUCCACAGACAAGCAGAUGGUUAUCAACACCAUGUGCGGGCAGGGCAUGCAGGAAUUAGAGUACAUUGAAGCUGGGAAUCACAUCCACACCAAUGGCUGCAUAGACAAGUUGGUGAACUGGAUCCACAGUAACUUGUUCCUACUGGGAGGCAUCGCACUGGGACUGGCCAUACCGCAGCUGGUUGGAAUCCUCUUGUCUCAGAUUUUGAUCAACCAGAUCAAAGACCAGAUUGAGCUGCAGAACUACAACCUCAAGCACCGCUCCGACCCGUGGAGCUGAUACAGGCCGGAUCACGCCUGAUUGUAAUGAAUGGCACCAGAAAUGAGGUCUGUCACCAACAGGUAGGGAGUGAGAAUCACAAAAGUAAACAUCAGUCAUCCCUGCCUGGACUGAGCCUUCAGCGUCGCUGCUCGUGGACUCAGAAAUACAAGAUGCAUGUUAAGGGAGCACAUGGACAAAUCGUGACUGUGCUUUCACAUAUUUGGCAAGCUGGUGGAAGUCCACACACACAAAGGAAACAGAUGCAGAAAAAGGACUCUGUCGCCGCCUACUGGACAUAAACCAUGCCUGCACUGACCAAACUUUACAGUAGUAGUUAGUUAGUAGUAGUAGUAGUUAGUAGUAACACCCAAAACAGGGGCAGGGGUGUGGGGGGUGCUCGGGGUGGGGGGGGCACCGAUGAGAUCAUUGACCUUUAAACACAAACUGGUAUCAGUAUAGUCUUUCAAGUCUAAGUUAUUUUUUAUCAUUCACUUUAUUUUUUUAUCAUAAAUGUUAAACAGGAGUGUCAGUUAAUGUAUGGUAUAUUUGCAUAUUUCAUUUCCUUGGUGUUGAGCAUUUUCGACCAUUUACUGAUUUUAAAAGUUGUAUGUAUGCUCAGAAAUGCUGCUUUUGGCUGUUAAUGUGUGUACGUUCAAGAACAUAAAUCAUGAAUGCACAUUA